AUGGAGAAACCCAAGAAAUUCUACACCAAAGACUACAUGUCCCGACCGGGCAUGUCGUUCGCGAUUGAGAUUGCCGAUCCGGUGCAGAGGAUCGAGGAGUUCAUGAACCGAUAUAAACGGGAGCCCGUUGCAGAAGGUUUCGAAGAAUCGCUGAUGACGCGAGACCUGCGGGUCGUGAGCGCGACGGGCCCGUCAAACAACACAGCCAACACCGCCACGGCCGUCUUCGAGAUGGACAUCAUCCCCAUGUAUGGAACGCGGAUGGGCAAUGCGUCGGGCGCAGCCAUCACGCUCGUCCACGACAUGUGCACGACUAUGGCCAUGGCGCCACUGGCCACCAGGGACUUCUGGCACUUUGGCGGCGUGUCCCGUGUCCUCAGCGUCACGUACCUGCGCCCGACCAAGACGGGCUCCACGGUGGUGAUUGAGUGCGAGGUGUUGCAGGUGGGGGCGCGAUUUGCAACGAUCCGCGGCGUCAUGAAGGACAAAGCCACCGGUGACCUCCUCUCCGUCUGCGAGCACAACAAGGCCAGUAUCAUCUUUCGCGACAAACCCAAGAUUUGA